AUGGAGUGGUUAACGAGCGCUGAGGGCCUGAAUGUCCGUCAGGAGCUGGAGGCGUCCGUUCGUGAGCACCACCCUAACUUGCGUGAUGAGGAGGUCGACCUCAUUGUGGAUGGUCGUCUACUACGCAUGGUUCGGGAGCGCGCGGCGGAGCAAGCACCUGCGAGCGGCCAGCAAGGAGGAACUAGUGAAGGAGGAGUUGUGCACGAGGCUCCAACUGCCGUGGGCGUUGGUGGAGGAGCUGUUGCACCGACCAUUGACACGGGAAUGAUCGGGGCGAGCUACGGCCAAUUCAAGUUUGGAGUAGAGCACAUCUCCACCCAGUUAGCCCAAAUCAGGAAGGGAGAUGAUGAGACGGCGGAAUCCUACUGCAAUAGCGCCCGCACCAUCCGAGCGGAGCUGCUGACCAUCGGACAGGAGGUCCACAUGGCCACGUUUGCCGCUCACGUGCUGAAGGGUCUGCCACCGGAGUACGGAUUUCUUCGUCGCAAGCUCGACAUUUCCAGCCCUGACAUGAUGGUGGAACGCGUGUGCAGCGAGGUGUUGAUGGAGGAGCAGACUCUCUCCAUUGAACAGAGCUACAAGCAGAUCACCAGUGAUGCAUCGGCUUUCUCUGGCGCUGUCAACACGAUCGUGGCUACAAGGGGGGUCAGCGGGAAGGAAGGGAAAGGAGGAAGGGAGCAGAUGGACAAGAAAAAGGAUGGCAAGCGGGAGAAGAAGCGAGCCCCCUUCAAGGGGCACUGCUACAACUGCAAUGAGGAGGGGCACAUGGCUGCCAAGUGCCACAACAAGAAGGAUACAACACACGCGGCAGCCGCAAACGUAGCCGAAGGAGACGGGAAGGGCGUGGCGCUCACCGUCGCGUGUUCGGCUGCAAAGUUGCUGGCCGGCGACAAGGACUUGUGGUUCCUUGACUCGGGAUGCUCCCAACACAUGACCGGCCGCAAGGAGUGGUUCACGGUGAUCCGUGACCCAUCUGCAACGAAAUCCGUCAAAGGGUUUGAUGGGUCUAUGCAGGAAGUUGCCGGUGUUGGCGAGGUUUUGCUGAAGGGCACUAACGGCUUGCGUGUAACCCUGCAUGAUGUCCUCUUUGUGCCAGGAAUGAAGGCCAACUUGGUCUCUCCUAGGCAGCUCACGGACAAAGGAGCAAAUCUGCAAACCGAAGAAGGUGUCACCCGCGUCAUCGCGUCGGGAGGACAAGUGGCUGCAACAGCACGCUACCGCCAUCGUCUUCUCUGCCUUGACCUGAAACCGUGGCCAGCAAGCAACGGCACAAUGGCUGCAGCAGCAUGCAACGGCACGGCGGCUGCGGCGGCAUGCAACGGCACGGCGGCUGCAGCGGCAUGCAACGGCACGGCAGCUGCGGCGGCAUGCAACGGCACGGCGGCUGCGGCGGCAUGCAACGGCACGGCGGCUGCGGCGGCAUGCAACGGCACAGCGGCUGCCGCGGCAUGCGGCGGCAUGCAACGGCACGGCGGCUGCCGCGGCAUGCAACGGCACGGCGGCUGCGGCGGCUGCGGCGGCACGGCGGCACGGCGGCUGCGGCGGCACGACGGCACGGCGGCUGCGGCGGCACGACGGCACGGCGGCUGCGGCGGCACGCGACGGCACGGCGGCUGCGGCGGCACGCGACGGCACGGCGGCUGCGGCGGCACGCGACGGCACGGCGGCUGCGGCGGCACGCGACGGCACGGCGGCUGCGGCGGCACGCGACGGCACGGCGGCUGCGGCGGCACGCGACGGCACGGCGGCUGCGGCGGCACGCAACGGCACGGCGGCUGCGGCGGCACGCAACGGCACGGCGGCUGCGGCGGCACGCGACGGCACGGCGGCUGCGGCGGCACGCGACGGCACGGCGGCUGCGCUGCGGCGGCACGCAACGGCACGGCGGCUGCGGCGGCACGCAACGGCACGGCGGCUGCGGCGGCACGCAACGGCACGGCGGCUGCGGCGGCACGCAACGGCACGGCGGCUGCGGCGGCACGCAACGGCACGGCGGCUGCGGCGGCACGCAACGGCACGGCGGCUGCGGCGGCACGCAACGGCACGGCGGCUGCGGCGGCACGCAACGGCACGGCGGCUGCGGCGGCACGCAACGGCACGGCGGCUGCGGCGGCACGCAACGGCACGGCGGCUGCGGCGGCACGCAACGGCACGGCGGCUGCGGCGGCACGCAACGGCACGGCGGCUGCGGCGGCACGCAACGGCACGGCGGCUGCGGCGGCACGCAACGGCACGGCGGCUGCGGCGGCACGCAACGGCACGGCGGCUGCGGCGGCACGCAACGGCACGGCGGCUGCGGCGGCACGCAACGGCACGGCGGCUGCGGCGGCACGCAACGGCACGGCGGCUGCGGCGGCACGCAACGGCACGGCGGCUGCGGCGGCACGCAACGGCACGGCGGCUGCGGCGGCACGCAACGGCACGGCGGCUGCGGCGGCACGCAACGGCACGGCGGCUGCGGCGGCACGCAACGGCACGGCGGCUGCGGCGGCACGCAACGGCACGGCGGCUGCGGCGGCACGCAACGGCACGGCGGCUGCGGCGGCACGCAACGGCACGGCGGCUGCGGCGGCACGCAACGGCACGGCGGCUGCGGCGGCACGCAACGGCACGGCGGCUGCGGCGGCACGCAACGGCACGGCGGCUGCGGCGGCACGCAACGGCACGGCGGCUGCGGCGGCACGCAACGGCACGGCGGCUGCGGCGGCACGCAACGGCACGGCGGCUGCGGCGGCACGCAACGGCACGGCGGCUGCGGCGGCACGCAACGGCACGGCGGCUGCGGCGGCACGCAACGGCACGGCGGCUGCGGCGGCACGCAACGGCACGGCGGCUGCGGCGGCACGCAACGGCACGGCGGCUGCGGCGGCACGCAACGGCACGGCGGCUGCGGCGGCACGCAACGGCACGGCGGCUGCGGCGGCACGCAACGGCACGGCGGCUGCGGCGGCACGCAACGGCACGGCGGCUGCGGCGGCACGCAACGGCACGGCGGCUGCGGCGGCACGCAACGGCACGGCGGCUGCGGCGGCACGCAACGGCACGGCGGCUGCGGCGGCACGCAACGGCACGGCGGCUGCGGCGGCACGCAACGGCACGGCGGCUGCGGCGGCACGCAACGGCACGGCGGCUGCAGCAAUAUGCAACAAUACGGCGGCUGCGGCGGCAUGCAACGGCACGGCGGCUGCAGCAAUAUGCAACAAUACGGCGGCUGCGGCGGCAUGCAACGGCACGGCGGCUGAGGUGGCAUGCAACGGUAUGCCUAAGGCAUUUGCUGCGGUGGUGUCAAGCGCGCCGGAAGAGAAUGACGAAGCGGCCAGCCUCACAACAUAUGCGGUGGGGACCGAGGCGAUGCUCAACCUGCGGCACACUCACCUUGAGAAUGACCAUGCUGGUGUGGUGCAGUGGACAGCCACAAACAGUGGCAUGCUAGGCAUGGACCUAGAGAAAGGAGGGGAGGACACGUCGAGCGCCUCCUCCCAAGAAGCCAAACUCACUCCUCAAACACUUUUGCUGCCUGACGAGCGAGAGGGGGAGGUUCUUGGGAUGGUCCAUGGCCCUGAGCAGAAUCAGCCGCCGUCACGUACCGUCAUCAUGGUCCAAGUGCCGUCCGUGCAAGGGGGCGAACAACCGUUUGAUCGUUCGGUUGACCCUGCGGGCAGCAACGCAACCAUGGCUCCGCCACCUCUCUGUCCAUCCUUAGCUGCUGGCUUGGCACCCGUGGGACCAGAGGUUGGUCCCUCUGUGGAUGAACAUCGUGCAGCUGAUGAAGACAAGGAAGGAGAGGCAACGGACCUGAAAUCGGCGGCAACCCAUGGGAAGGACCCCAUACCCACGGUUCCGCCCCUCCAGCCCACUCCCCCACCCCCAUGUCAUUCUAGCAGGUCCAACAAGGGUAUGCCACCUGUUCGGCUUCCCGCAUCCACCAUGACGGCCUUGGAUGCGGUUGAUGGCAACAACAUGUACGGCAUGGCAUUCCUUGAUGGAGGUGCUUAUGGCACGGACAUCUACUAUGAUGUGGAGUACUUGGAUGAGGCUGAUGAGGAGGAAGGGGGAUUGAGGAGCAUCAUCAUCAACCUCGGAGUAACCUUGACCGGACAUGAAGGCAAAGUGGUGGACAAAGGUCUCCUCGUGGUGGAAUACAUGUCAUCCACGGAAGGCUAUCUUGGUCUGCAGAUUGUGCGCGACCGCCCCAACAAGACACUCCUCCUGCACCAGAAUGCAUACGUGGCGAAGAUGCAGCAUCGGUUCUUCAAGGGGGCGCCACCGAAGAAGCAGCCGAUCACCCCUCUCUCCUCUACCAGCUUUGUCAUGGAGGAUGCUGAGCUGUUUGCCGAUCGCACCAUGACCGACCGCCUUGCAGCAAGACAGAUUCAGGACAGUUUCUGCUAA